UUUACCUCUCUCGCAAACGCUAAACACAGAAGAAAAGAAAUCCAGAAUCUCAGGGAAAGCCAAAGUUUUUCUCUGUUUCCUGUGAACAAAGGAAUAAUUUUCGGAAAUGGCGUUUACUGUUACUUCUUCUUCUUCCGCUGCAAUUUCCGGUUCCAGCUUUUCUCGUUCUAGUUCGUCCUCAGACAUCAAAGUUGCUCAAGUCGGAUCACUCCGGCUAGCGGAUCGCCAUGCAACGGUGAAUCUAUCUCAAAAACGUCUCGCUGUGAAGCCCGUGAAUGCAGAGCCAAAAAGGAAUGAUUCCCUGCUUCCUCAGGCUGCAAGCAUCUCUGCUCCUGAAGUGUCGGAAAAAGUUGAGGUGGAGGAUUUUGAGCAAUUGGCCAAAGAACUCGACAACGCUUCUCCACUUGAAAUCAUGGAUAAGGCUUUAGAGAAGUUUGGAAACGACAUCGCCAUCGCUUUCAGUGGGGCGGAGGAUGUUGCUUUGAUUGAGUAUGCAAAAUUGACCGGUAGACCAUUCAGGGUUUUUAGCCUUGAUACUGGCAGGCUGAACCCUGAAACUUACCGAUUCUUUGAUGAGGUUGAGAAGCAUUAUGGGAUCCGUAUCGAGUAUAUGUUUCCGGAUGCGGUUGAAGUUCAGGCCUUGGUUAGGAGCAAAGGGUUGUUCUCAUUCUACGAGGAUGGACACCAAGAAUGCUGCCGUGUUAGGAAAGUGAGGCCUUUGAGGAGAGCUCUCAAGGGGUUGCGUGCCUGGAUCACAGGUCAAAGGAAAGAUCAGUCUCCGGGAACACGAUCAGAGGUUCCUGUUGUUCAAGUUGAUCCUGUUUUUGAAGGUUUGGAUGGCGUAGUUGGUAGCUUGGUGAAGUGGAACCCUGUUGCCAAUGUCGACGGUACUGACAUUUGGAACUUCCUAAGGGCGAUGAAUGUGCCUGUCAAUUCUUUGCAUUCUCAAGGAUUUGUGUCCAUCGGUUGCGAGCCUUGCACUAGACCAGUAUUACCAGGACAACAUGAAAGGGAAGGAAGGUGGUGGUGGGAAGAUGCCAAGGCCAAGGAGUGUGGUCUUCAUAAAGGGAACUUGAAAGAAGACAGUUCUGCCCAACUUAAUGGUAACGGAAAUGGAAAUGGCGCUGCUGCUCAUGCUGACAUUUUCGAUAGCCAGAGCUUGGUCACAUUGAGUAGGGCAGGAAUUGAGAAUUUGGCGAGAUUGAAGAACCGGAAAGAGCCAUGGAUUGUUGUAGUCUAUGCCCCUUGGUGCCCUUAUUGCCAGGCAAUGGAAGAAUCAUAUGUUGCAUUGGCUGAGAAGCUGGCAGGUUCUGGGGUGAAGGUUGCAAAAUUCAGAGGCGAUGGUGAACAUAAGGAGUACGCGCAGAAAGAGUUGCAGUUGGGAAGCUUUCCCACCAUACUCUUCUUUCCCAAACACUCAGCUAAACCAAUAAAGUAUGCCUCAGAGAAGAGGGAUGUGGAUUCAUUGAUGGCCUUUGUUAAUGCCCUCCGAUGAUGGGGUUCAAAAAUAAUUUGUCGAAUUGACAAUUAAUCAAACGUUGAGGGGCGGUUCGUCCUGGUUUUCAAUAUCAGAAACCAACUCAUGAACCCGGAUUUUGUCAUAUGCUUCCGGCACCCAUAGCAUCAAAAUAAGCUUGUCUGUUUUUGUAUAUUUAGCACAGUAUUCCUUGUUUGGGCCUACUCUGUACAUCAACAUAUGAAGUUGAUGAGUUGUUUACAAAAGUC